GACGGCAAAAAUACUGAGGAGAGGAGGGGGGAGCAAGAGAGAAAAGAGAGCGGCAACAACACAGUCGCAUCUGGAAGUUAUUGAGAAGUAGAGAGAGCGAGGGAGAGAGAAAGAGAGAGAACUGUAUUGUGAAUUGAAAAGAGGGAGAAAGGAUAAACAAACUCUAAAUUUAGAGAUAGUUGAUACAUUUAAUAAGUCUAUCGGAGUUAAAGUUUUACGGGAGGACAGAGUUUAUCUAAAAGUUGACAAGAAUUCUACAGUGGGCAGAGAGAAAGGAACAGAGGAAAAUAAAGAGAGAGCGCAAGAAACUGUAAUUCUAUCCUAAGAACAAUCCAUACCAAGAGGGGAGGGUGACAAAGAGGGAAAACUAAUGUAGCUUUCUAAUCUGGAGGACCGUCUAAAACAGAACAAAGUGGACUGAAUCAAAACUUAUGUUAUUGAGUUGAAGUUAAAUCAACUCAACAAAGGAGAAGAGUCCAGAGAACAAAAGAGGAGUCCCUUAGUCUGGAAUUCUUCUACGCAUUUGUCUUCCUAUCAAGCCUGUGGAGUCAACCGUCAGACAGGAUGUCAGCCUCUCGGAGGUGCCUGUGCUGUGUGAAAUACCUCAUGUUCGUCUUCAACCUCAUCUUCUGGCUGGGAGGGUGUGGCCUGUUUGGAGUGGGAGUGUGGCUAUCAUUCACCCAGUCCGAGUUCUCCUCCCUCCCGCUGUCUUUUCCCUCACUCUCUGCAGCAAACCUACUUCUGGUCGCUGGGGGCGUCACCAUGGUGACAGGCUUCCUGGGUUGCCUUGGCGCCCUGAAGGAGCAGCGCUGCCUGCUGAUGACGUUCUUUGUAAUCCUUUUGCUCCUGGUGUUGACAGAGGUGACUCUAACCCUGGUCCUCCAUAUCUUUCACAACGAGCUGGACACGAAAGCUCAGGAUGAGUUAAAGAAGGGGAUGAAGGAUUACUUGACAGACGAAGGACUGAAGAAGUCAUGGGACAAUGUGCAGAAAAUGUUCAAGUGCUGCGGUGUGACCAACAAAACAGAUUGGUACCUCGUGAUCAACGGAACGCUCCCCUAUUCCUGCUGCUCCGGUGGGAUGGACCAAUGUGUUGAAGAAUGGACCGAGGUCAGACCACUUCUCAAAUCCGUGUUAUCAGAAGGCCAGACAGUGGCUCCUGGACAACAUCCUCUCUGUCCUGGUGUUUGGAGUCUGCAUCGGCAUUGUCCAGAUCCUCGCUCUGAUUUUCUCCCUGCUGAUGUACUGCCAGAUCCUCCGUGCUGAGAAGUACCUGGACUGAUCUGGGACUGGUCCUUCACAGACAGGAGAGGCUGAAUGAGAGACUCCCUAGCUGGCACAGAGUUCAUCUAACGUUUCUUUAAGGUUUUCCUUCGGUUAUUUGAAAAAUAACUUCUCCACACCGCUGUGGGAACUAAAAAAAAGUGUUAGCUGGGUCUUGAAUGUUUAUAUACCAGCUGCUGGGGUGGUUUUUCAGAACAUUAGAUCCAGAUCAAAAUCAUCCUUUUUUGCAUGUUCAAUUCUGUUUAAGUUUAAUAAAAUAUAUUUGAAUGAGAACACAUCACCCAUUUGAAGGGUUAUUUUCAUCUGGAUUGAUGGUUCUUAGAACACUGCACCAAAAACCAUGGGGCACAUUCCAGGUCGUCUUCAUUGCGGUCAUGUUGCUCAGAUCUCACAACGCCUGGCGAAGUGUAAUUCAAUUGGCUUUGAGAGAUCUGAUCAUCUGGAAUACAGCCCUUUACUUAUCAUGUAUAAGGAAGGACAUUAUUUGUAACUAUUGGGGACUACGUGCUACUAGUCACUUUCACUAUUGGGCGAUACUAAUGAUAUUGUUUAGUAGUGAAAAUAUAAAGUGCUUGCCCUGAUGUCCAUGGACAAGCAGUGUGACUUGCCCCAAAGAAACACUUACAGUAUUAUGUUCAACUGCAGCAUAUUUUAAACAGAAGUCUAAACUACACGUUUUAAAGUGAGCCUUACCAAAGCAAAUAAAAUGUAAAUACAUUGUAAUUUGUAUGCAUGUGAAGUGGUAGUUGUUUUGUGAACUUGAGCAUUUUGUAAAAUACAUGUAUAUAUGUCAAAUACAUGUAUGACUGAUUGUGAA